CCACAUUAUCAAACUUAUCAUAUUUGGCAAUUUUCCACCUGCCGCCAACACCACAAUCAUUUGCGCAUCCACACAUUGAAACAUGUCUGGGGGUACCGAGAACCAUAUUGUAUGCGUUGGUGCCGUCUACAUUGACACCAUAUUGACAGUCCCACACUUCCCCAUAGAAGAUGAGAAACUACGCGCCAAAGCUCUCACGCGAAGAAGAGGAGGAAACACGGCAAACAGUCUAGAAGUGUUAUCGCAGCUGCAACGACACGACCCUGAAGGAGCACCACAUCUCAGCCCCACGAAUCUGCAUCUACUGGCUGUACUCCCUGAGGAGCAAUCUGCGGCUUCUCAAUUCAUAUCUACAUCGCUUCCUGGGGUAAACAUAUCCGACGUGAGCCUCUUCCGCAAACAGCACCAAGAAGCCGCGUCAAGCUACAUCAUCCAAAGCGAAGAGAAGCGUUCACGAACAAUCGUCAGCAUCAACCAGCUCCCCGAAAUGCAAGCCGAGGAAUUUAUACAACAAGUUCGGGAAUUCACUACAGAAAACGGACAAACGUGGAAGAAAGCGUGGUUCCAUUUCGAAGGCCGUGUCCCAGAGAUCACACUGCAUUGUGUCCGCUACCUCCGCGAAGCAUUCCCUCAUUUCAGGAUUAGCGUCGAGUGCGAGAAGCCUGAACGAACGGGUAUGUCUGAGGUGGCGCGGUACGCAGAUAUAGUGUUUUACUCGAAAUUGUGGGCGGCGAAGAAUGGGUAUGUGGACGCGAGAAGCUUUCUUGAAGCAAGACGGGAUGAGACGAGAGAUGGGGCUUUACUAUGUUGCACAUGGGGUUCUGGAGGUGCCAAGGCGGUUGAAAAGGGGGACGAGGAGGUUUGGGCGGAUGUCGAGGCGUGGCAGGCAGAUGGGGAGGAUGGGGCAGAGGUUGUGGAUACGAUUGGUGCUGGGGAUACUUUCAUUGCGGGUAUGCUUUUUGCGGUUAAUGAGCAUGAGGAGUGGGGGUUGCAAAGGAAACUAGAGUUUGCGAAUGAGCUGGCUGGGAGGAAGGUUUUGCAGGAGGGCUUUGGGGGUCUGGGGAGGAGGAUGUGGUAGCUGGCGAAAGAUAACGCGCUACUUGCCUUGCGACUCCUCUUGUUUAUACAACGAGUAUACGCGCUAGGUUGACUAGAUAUGCGAAAAAGUAAAGCUACGCACAGCAACGGACGCUUCACAGCACGUGCUUGCAAGCGUCCGCGCUUCCGGUGUCUUGUGUUCCCAGAAAGCGACUUGCAGGAAGUAGUUCGAGUCGCUCGAGACAGCUCAGGACGCUUCCAAAUCAUGGGCUUGAUAGAUGCGUUCGAGGCCUGAUCUUCAAUUCAGUUUCAACCAUUGGUCAGUUGCGGCGGACUAGAUCGACGACGCAGGCGGGAAAGGGUCUUCCGGAGCGGCUUCCGACCAUCCAUCGCACG